AUGUCCCUGUACGAUGACCUGGGAGUGGAGACCAGUGACUCAAAAACAGCAGCCUGGUCCCAAAACUUCACACUUCUGUAGUCUCAGCUCCAGGUGAAGAAGGCAGCUGUCACUCAGGCGAAGAGCCGGAGGACAAAACAAAGUACAGUCCUUGACCCGGUAAUCAACCCGAAGCCAGGUGCCUCUUCAGACGAGAGGCAGAUUGUGGACACCGCACCGCACGUGGCAGCGGGCCUCACGGAUCCGGUUCCCACUGCAGGAGAAGUUUUGAUUCCCCUAGCUGAUGAAUAUGAUCCCAUGUUUCCUAACGAUUAUGAGAAAGUAGUGAAGCGCCAAACAGAGGAGCGACAGAGACAGUGGAAGCUGGAAAGACAGAUAGAAGAGAGAGAAAAGAGGCGUAAAGACAGACAUGAAGCUAGGGGGUUUUCCAGGCGACCAGAUUCAGAUUCUGAUGAAGAUUAUGAGCCAGAGAGGAAGAAGAGAAGUAGGGGCGGAGCUGCCAUUCCACCACCCACUUCUCUUGUAGAGAAACACAAAGAGUUACUCCGAGACUUUCCUUAUGCCGAGGAUUCAAGACCUCGCUCACCGUCUUCCAAAGCUGCUAUCCCUCCCCCAGUGUACGAGGAAGAAGACAGACCCAGAUGCCCGACCGGCCCCGGCAACUCCUUCCUCCCCAACAUGGGUGGCACAGUAGCACAUAAAAUCAUGCAGAAGUACGGCUUCCAGGAAGGCCAGGGUCUUGGGAAGCACGAGCAGGGCUUGAGCACAGCGCUGUCAGGGGAGAAGACCAGCAAGCGGGGAGGCAAGAUCAUCGUGGGCGACGCCACUGAGAAAGAUGCAACCAGGAAGUGGGAUUCAAAUCCAUUAACUGAAAUACAUAAGUGUCCUACUAAAGUGGUCCUACUAAGGAACAUGGUUGGUGCAGGAGAGGUAGAUGAAGACUUGGAAGUUGAAACCAAGGAAGAGUGUGAAAAAUAUGGCAAAGUUGGAAAAUGUGUGAUAUUUGAAAUUCCUGGUGCCCCUAAUGAUGAAGCAGUACGAAUAUUUUUAGAAUUUGAGAGGGUUGAAUCAGCAAUUAAAGCUGUUUUUGAUCUGAAUGGGAGGUAUUUUGGUGGACGGGUGGUCAAAGCAUGUUUCUACAAUUUGGAUAAAUUCAGGGUCUUGGAUUUGGCAGAACAAGUGUGACUGCAAGAACUAGAGCCUGAGUCAUCUCCAGCGAUCCUUCA